CAGUUGCACAUCCAUCCAAAAAACAUUCACAUGUCUUUGUUUUCCACUCCAAAUCUAUCCAUAACUUUUUUAACAUCUUCACUCACACACUCACACUCACACACACUCACACUCACACUCACACCAAACAACCAUCCAUGGAUUCACACUCACAUUCACACCCCAAUUUCUUUGUCUUCUUUUCAUUGAUAAUAAUCACACUACUCUCAAUCUCUUCUUCACUAGCCGAUGCUUCGAAACACUCCAUUCCCAUCAUCACCGUUGUCGGCGUCGUCUAUUGCGACGCCUGUCACAACAACUCUUUCUCCACCCACAGCUACUUCUUACCAGGGGCAGAGGUGAGGAUAGACUGCAAAUUCAAAGCAGCAUCUCCAAGAACUGCAGAGCAGAUAACGUUUUCCGUUAACAGGACUACUAACAGAAACGGAGUGUACAAGCUGGAUAUACCUUCAGUGGAUGGGAUUAACUGUGCUAAAGAAGCAGCAGUUGUUAACACCUGCAGGGCUAGCUUGAUCAAGAGCACAUCUGCUGCAUGCAAUGUGCCAGCUGUCACAUUUACUUCUAAUGAGUUCUCUGUCAAAUCAAGAGAAGCAAAUCUAUGCAUUUACACUAUGUAUGCUUUAAGUUUUAGACCCUCUAAGAAAGAUCUUGCAAUAUGUGGCAAGUAGUAGUAGUACUACUACUCUUGUGUUGCCAAUUGGUUUUAUAUUAAUUAAUUGCCACUAUUAGUUUCUGCUCA